AUGAUAGUGGAGAUCACCCUUUUAUUGCUUUUGAUACUUGUCGAAGCUCCCCUGGUGGGUGAAGAUGAUAGAGGGAGGUGCGAAUGUGAUUGUUCUUGUGGUAAGAAAUAUCAUUUGAAUUCGAGUUACCCAGAAGUACUAGGUGAUGGGGGUGAUGGAGUAUCAGAGGAUAUUCGUGGGAAUGAAUCCUCUGACAGAGACGUCGAACAUGAACAAGAACCUAUUUAUGUAGGUGGUUCCGAUGGUGAAGGGUGGAAUGACCGAUCAAAGCCUUACUCGGAAAGAUCGUUAGUCACUGGUAACAGGAAAGAUUAUUCCAAUCGACCUAGACCCCCUCAUUUGGAUCGUUCGGUUCCGGAUCGAAAACCACCAUAUCUUGUCACCAAUAACAGCAGAAAACGAAAAGAUGGUCAUUGGUGUGCGCCUUGUCAGAGAUAUUUCGUUGAUUCACUCGCCCUUCAACAGCAUCAGGUCGCACUUCAUUCAGCAACUACCACCAUCAUGUCUUCAUCAUCGAGAAAUCAGAUCCCUCGCAAUGUACGAUCGUUGAUCCCCGAGUUGAAUCACUCUGUCGUCGUCUGCGAAGUGUGUUCAGAAGGACUUCCUAAUGUCACCGCUUUAGAUAUGCAUAAAGUCAAUUUUCAUCCGUGGUCAAUCUUUUGUCCAGAAUGCUUGAUCCGAUUCCGACAUGCUCAAGAAGCGCAGUUUCACUAUCGACAAUUCCACCAUGCCAGAUCACCUGAUCCCCUUCACAUUGAUACAAUGUUAGGACUUAUCAAAGGACAUCAUCUGAUUCAUCCGUCCCUUCAAACACUUCCCUUCACUCCUCAACAAAAUCGCCCGCAGCACCAAGUCCAGACCUUCCCUACUCAUACUAUCCAAAAUUACUACGAGUGUGAGGAAUGUAAUAUGGUUUUUGGACGACCUCAGGAACUAGAAGCGCACAAAGCUACACCUUUGGUACACGGUGGCAGGAUUUACGAAGCAGAUGAUUUUCCACCUCUUGGUUCGACCGCCAAACCUUCAUCUUCACCUUCCCCUUCCGUCACUGCUUCGUCCCCUGAUGAUCUUGCUGUCGAAGGAAACCUCACGGUAUGGGGCAUGCCAAGCUUCACUCUGAAUGAAAAGAGAUCAGAUGCAAUGAAAGAAGAAGUCUGGACACCGCAAGCUAGACUUACACCUGAGCCUGAUUCUUCCCAUGAUACCGCUUCUACCUCAAGCGAGGAAACCAACUCGACUGACGUCGUUCUGGACUUUCAGAGAGUUGCGUCAGAGUCCGAAACGAACGAUAUGGAAUCGAUCGAUCCGGAAGACAUCGAUACUCCGAUGGAAGGACUUUCAGCUCCGAAACAGAUUUCUGAUAUUGACGCUCAACAUACCGAUUUAAAGCAAGAUAAAAAGAGUCAAUCCUAUGAUAAUGAAAUUACUGGUACCAUCAAGACAAUCGAACCGAACUCAGGCCCUGUAGAAGCAAACCCACUCGGACCAGCCGAAGACAGCACAAAUUCCGCCAAAGCUAUCGUUACAGACGAUAUUAUUCAAGUGCGGGAAACCAACAAAAUCUUUUCUCAAGUGGUCAGCUCUGCUCAAUCACUCCACACGAUCUCACCGAGACCAGUCAUUCAACCAGUCCCCUCCCAGAUCAACCUCACACCCUAUGCCAAAGCUGCGCUUGCAUCGGCUCACAAGAUCAGCGAGUAUCCGCCGCCUGAAAUGGAUGUUGGAGACAACGAGAAAUACGAAGACGAUUCACCGGAAGUAAUUGGUGGGAUCGAAUGUCAUGUACCCUCAUUCGCUCUAACUCUCUCGCCGCAGAACAAAACGACUUCACUUGAAUCACCACCGCUUUCACUCGAUUCUACUCCACCUUUGACCCUCUCUGGAGACAGUUCAAGCUCCUUGAAUGAAAGCCUGGUACUUGAGGAAGAGGAUGAUGCAUGGGCAGCAUCACAGGAGGUAUACACCAUCGCAAACUCGCAUGAUCGACAGAUGUUCUCCUUGGAUCUAGGUGCGACGAGCAAUGGGAACAGACCAAAGCCAAAAUCGUACUCGGAAAGCAGUAGUAGUAGUAAAAGUACUAGCUCGAGACAUAGAAAUAAGCGAAGUGAAAGAAGCUGCAAUACCAGGAGACAAACUUACCUUACACCUUCCCAAAGGGAAGUUUACGGUUAUGCUAUCAGUAGGAACGAAAGAAGAGAUUCAAGUUCUUCUUCAUCAUCCAGAUCCAAAGCUCCACCUCAGGCAUCCCUCCAACCUAUGUUCGAGAGUGAAUGGUCAACUAUUACACCGAUGUCUUCUGGUAAUAGGAGCAUGGGAGGUAGGAUAAUAAAGGAAAGUCCAUGGGAGGCUAGUAGGAGGGAAGCGGAAGAGAGGAAUAGGCUGGUCAGUGCUGGUGGAGCUGAAGAGGAUCUGUAUGGAGGUUGGUGA